AUGUACGCUCGACGAUCCCGCUCCAACCGCGCCGCGAGACGCCGUCGUCGCUUCCCCCGCUCGCUCUCGCCAUCCUCAUCAGCUGAACCAACUCGCUCGCUCGCAACAGACCAGGACACGGACCGCUACGUCUUCGAGGUUCUCGCUCCUCACCUCCGAACAUCGCUGCGCGCCUCGAAGAAGACGCUCCAGUGGACCGACAACUGCGCCGAGCACCUUCGCAAGCUCCAUGCUGAGGGCUUUGGGAAGGAGGAUGUCCUGGGAGCGCUGAGGCAGGUCCCCGUGCACCCCGCCAUGCGCCGGGCCUUUGUCGACCUGAAAGCGAGCAAAGACCCCCAAGUGACCACCUUCAUCCUCUCGAACGCCAACUCGGUCUACAUCGACACGAUCCUCAAGCACUACGGCGUCGAGAACGCUAUCGACGAGGUCGUCACCAACCCUGCGCAGUUCCGCGAAGAUGGACUGCUCGAGUUGAGGCGCAGGGUGGACCCGAACGGGCCGCAGCACCAGUGCAAGGUCGGCUGCUCGCCCAACAUGUGCAAGGGCGAGGAGCUCGAGGCGUUCAUGGCACGCAACGGCGGCUGGGACUCGUUCGACAAGGUCGUCUACAUCGGCGAUGGCGCGAACGACCUCUGCCCGAUCCUGCACCUCCGCUCCCAAGACGUCGCCCUCGUCCGCCUCUACCGCGAGCUGUACCGCCGCCUGCAGAACUCGACUGCGGCGCACACGAGCGACGUCAAAUGCAAGGUCGUGUCCUGGGGAGGCGCGUGGGAGGUCGAGAAGUGGUUCAAGGAGGAGCUGUAG